GGAGCGCCGCCACCGGUGAUUGGAGGAUCAGGGCGCGGGGGCAAGAUGGCAGCGCCAGCCCGGCGGAGCGUGGUGUUCGUGACAGGCAACGCCAAGAAGCUGGAGGAGGUCACCCAGAUCCUCGGGGACUCCUCUCCCUACACGCUGGUGGCGAGGAAAAUUGACCUGCCGGAGUACCAGGGGGAGCCGGACGAGAUCUCCGUGCAGAAGUGCCGAGAAGCCGCCCGGCAGGUUCAGGGACCUGUUAUAGUAGAGGAUACCUGCUUGUGCUUCAACGCCCUGGGCGGGCUUCCAGGGCCGUACAUAAAAUGGUUCCUGGAAAAACUGAAACCAGAAGGCCUGUACAAGCUGCUGGCUGGGUUUGAAGACAAAUCUGCCUACGCUCUCUGUACCUUUGCAUUCAGUACUGGGAACCCAGAGGAGCCAGUGAAGCUGUUCAAAGGCCAGACUCAUGGGCUGAUAGUGGAGCCCAGAGGCCCUCGAGAUUUUGGCUGGGAUCCCUGCUUCCAGCCAGAUGGCUACCACCAGACCUAUGCUGAACUACCCAAGGCAGUGAAGAAUUCCAUCUCCCACCGGUACAGAGCACUGAGCGAGCUCUCUGCCUUCUUUCUUCAAAGCAACUCGACAGAGCCCCGCUCUGGUCCCAGCUAGCCUCGCUGGGGCUGGGGACACCCUGUGUUGUUUGUGUCGCAGACUGCACCGGGGGAGCUCUGCUCCGCUGCGGCCUGCCAUUAAAUCUGCUCGUUUUGAA